AUGUCUACAUAUCAUGGAUUUAAAAUUUUAACAAUUAGAUUGAUUUAAUUUAAUUAUGUAACUUAAAAUUAAGUAAUGUUUGCUAAAAAAUAUUAUUAACCUUUGAUCCUAGAAGGUCAUCUUAUUCUUAAGUAAUAUUAAAAUAAUAAGAAACCAUAAUUGAUGAUGGAGUUCUUUUUAAGAAUGAGAAGAAUUAUCUUUUCUUAAUAAUUAUGA